AUGAUCAUCGACUCCGUCCUCAUCAUCAGACAGUACUUCCACUUCUUGUUCGUCAAUGUGGUCACCAUUAACCGCCUGUCCAUUGAACUCAAACCCAUAGACUGUUCAAUCAUAGAUAUAGUGGUGAUUGGGGUGUCAUUAGGUCUCCUAAAGGACCACGACGAUGACACGGCACAUAUCAUCUUUGGGGCAGCCCUUCGGGGGUUUCACCGGCUUUUCCUAAUCUUGCGGAUAGUGUUGAGAUGGGGUCCCGGAGCCGGUCAGACUGCGUUCAGACCGUUUAGGUUAAUGAUAAAAGCGUUGUACAGUGACCGGGAUCCGUUAAUCAUGAACUUAUACAUCGGUUUUAUACUAUACUUAGUGGCCUCAUAUGUGCUAUAUUUAGUCGAAAGUCCCUAUAAUAGUGCCCAGUUUACGAGUGCCGGCGCUUCUCUGUGGUGGUCGGCCGAAAAUCUGUUAGCUAUAGGAGCUGCUAAUGUAUAUCCCAUAACAACCCAGGGCAAAUUUGUUGCAUCAAUAUCCUUAUUUUUGGGCUAUACUUUAUUCAUGUUACCCUCUGAUAUCAUGGGCGCCGGACUGGCCCUUAAAGUGGACCAAAUUGAGAGUGAAGUUAGAAAUAAGUCACAAAUAUUGACGGCCGCCGAACUCAUACAG